AUGGCGACCACAAGUUUCAAGGAGCGUCUUAAAAACGUCUCCCUCAUCUUCGCUUGCGGUACUGCUCUAUUCUCAGACGGAUACGCUAAUGGUGUGAUUGGAAGUGUGAAUACACUGUUAAGCCGCAUAUACGGGGCAGAUGAGCUCGCGCACCACAACUACAGCCGCAUCUUGACUAGCGUCGCUUUUGCCGGAACGAUCGUGGGCAUGCUGACCUUUGGUUAUCUUUCGGAUAAGAUUGGAAGAAAAUUCGGGAUGCCACCGGCAUCGUCGCUCUAUUUUCCCUCCUAUCAUCUGCUUCUGCUGGUGCUCACGACAGUACAGGUGGACUUCUCAGUAUGCUUAGUGCCAUGCGGUGUGUAUGACGGUCACAGGCAGAUCGAACAAUUGCAAUUUACAUGUCGAGUCAGUUUCCUUUUAGGAAUCGGUAUCGGUGCGGAAUACCCUUGCGGCUCCGUUUCUGCUUCGGAGCAAUCGGAGGAAAAGGGUAUUCAGAAGGACGCUCAGCAUCGGUGGUUUGCUCUCGCUACGAAUGCGAUGAUUGAUUUCGGCUUCGUCAUCUCAGCAUUCGUGCCUCUAGUCCUAUUUUGGAUCUUUGGCGAACACCACCUUCGCGCUGUCUGGCGGCUUUCUUUGGGAUUGGGGGUUGUCCCCGCACUGGCUGUGUUCAUCUGGCGUUUGUCCAUGGAAGAGCCUACCCGGUACCAGAAGGAUUCCAUGCAACAUGCGAAAAUACCAUAUAGGCUUGUCUUUAAGCGCUACGGGGGCUCGUUGGCUGCUAUUUCGGCUACGUGGUUUCUUUAUGAUAUCAUCUCGUAUCCUUUUGGGAUAUACUCCUCCAUCAUCGUUGAUCGCGUCACCGGCGGAUCAUCUGCUUUAUCUGUAGUCUUCGGCUGGAACGUCAUCAUCUAUCUGUUCUAUAUGCCUGGUACGAUUGGAGGUGCAUUUAUCGUUGACUAUCUCGGCCCAAAAUGGACCAUGAUCACUGGUCUCCUUUUUCAAGCGUUCAUUGGGUUUAUCAUGAGUGGACUCUAUAAACAAUUGACGGAGCAUAUUGCUGCUUUUGCUGUUGUGUAUGGCGUCUUCCUCAGUUUCGGAGAACUGGGUCCUGGUAAUUGCCUGGGAUUGCUGGCUAGCAAGAGUAGCCCCACUGCUGUGCGAGGGCAAUUUUAUGGCAUUGCGGCGGCCAUUGGGAAGGUUGGAGCGUUUAUUGGAAUAUGGAAUUUCGGAGGAGCUAAUACUGAUAGAGGAAAUACCGGCCCUUUCUGGAUUGGGAGUGGUUUCGCUGUCCUUAGCGCUCUUAUUACGUUGUUUUUCAUCCGACCUCUUUCGCAUGAUGGAAUGGUCGAGGAAGACCGUGCGUUCCGCGAAUACCUGGAGGCGAACGGUUAUGAUACGAGCACGAUGGGGUUGAAGCCCACAGAUGCAGAUUUUUCGGGUUCGGUUGAUGAGAAGGAUUUGGAUGGUGAUGCGAAGAUUGUUGGUGGUGUAGCGGCAUAA